AUGGAGAUAUUCAAUUUAUCAAUGCGACAUCUUAUUAGUGUGGUUGAAGCUUCUUUGAAUAAGUGCUCAUACUCAUCAAUAACUGGGUUUCCUCUUCAAAGGGAUUCAUUGAAAGCUAUCCUCUUGAAUAUAUUUGCUACUGGUACGGAUACAACAUAUACAACUCUACAGUGGAUAAUGGCAGAGCUUUUGAGACAUCCAAGAGCCAUGGAAACAUUACUGAAUGAAGUGCGAGGAUUAGCCCAAGGUAAAUCAGAGAUAACAGAGGAUGACUUAGGAAAUAUGCACUAUCUUAAGUCAGUAAUCAAAGAGACACUUAGGCUUCAUCCACUGCUAGAUCCUCGAGAAUCAACAGAAGACAUAAAAUUACUUGGCUAUCAAAUACCUGCUAAAACUCAAGUCAUUAUCAAUGCUUGGGCAAUCGGAAGAGAUCCUUUAUCAUGGGAAAAUUCAGAGGAUUACCGACCAGAGAGGUUCUUAAAUAGUAAUAUUAAUUUCAAAGGAUUAAACUUUGAGUUGAUUCCAUUUGGAGCAGGCAGAAGGGGCUGCCCAGGAACUGCUUUUGCUGUUGUGGUAAUUGAGGUAGCAUUACCAGAAGGAUUAAAACCGGAGGAUUUGGAUAUGACGGAAGGCAGUGGCAUCACUGUUAAAAGGAAAUCACCUCUGCUAGCAGUGGCCACUCCAUGCUCUACUUAUUAUUAG